AUGUACAAAAACGUGCAAGUCAAUCAUUCUAACAACGCCACUAAUACAACGACUACUGCUACGCCGGCUACUCUUUUUUCUUCCUCUCUUUCUUUCUCUCCAUCCCAAGCAACUCGAACGACUACUCGUUUGCCUGUACAAAUAACUAGUACCUCACCAUCUUCUUUUUCUCCGUCGACAUCCACUGUAUCUCCUACUUUCUUACCUACUAGCAACAUCGGUGUCAGUAAAAUCAACGACGGCGGCAUUUCGCUGCCAAUCUCAUUCAAUCCUCCGAACGAAACCAUGUCUAUACCACAGUCAAGCAAACUUCGAUCCGAUGUUGAUCAGCUCGAUGAUCUUGUAAAAGAUCUACUUUCCGAAGUCAACCGACCAGUCGGUAGUAGUUCAAGUAAUCGAAAUAAUAAUUCUGUUAACAUCAAUGUUAAUAACAAUAAUAAUACUAAUACUAAAUAUCCGACCACGUCGUCAUCAUCUUCCUAUUCGUACCAUCGUCGUUCAGAUAAUGACAGUAACGAAAAUAAUUCAAAUUCGAAACUACCUUCAUCAAUUCGAGCUUCAUCUUACACGCAAGCAUCAACGUUGAAUAAUCAAAAACGUAAUGAUUUCGAUGCGAACACAGUCAGUGGCCUUAUUGAUGGUUCAUCUUUAUCAUCGAACGGUGUGCAACGUGAAGAACAGCGUUCGAAAACAACACGUGAAGAGCGCAUACGUAUCAAACGUGGCGUCGGUAGCAGUUCAACUAAUGGUGUCACAGAUAUACCGAUCACAAGUUCAUCAUCUGUGACGACAACAACUACUACAAAUAAGCCGACUCAGAAAACUGCAUCACGUGAUCAUUUAUCCAUCGAUGAACAAUUAAUUGAUUCUUUAUUAGAAAGUGUGCAAAAUACUCUGAGAAAACGUUCACAACAGCAACGAACACACCAAACAGCAUGGGCCACAGAUAUACCAAUCCAUCAUCAAAAUCCAAUGAAUAAUCGUCGAACAUACAGCUCAAGUGCUGCGUACACAGACUCAAUUCAUCGCAUGGAUCCAACACGCGUACGAUUUCCAAUUAGAUUAAUGCGAACUGAUAGUCCAACAAGUACACUAUCAUCAAGGAGACCAUACAGUCGACAAGAUAAUCGAGAUGGUUAUACAACAACUGUAACAUCAGCAUCAACAACCGCUAUUCCAACGCAUUUUCGUGCAACAUCGGAACCGCCACCAGAUGGGCCCAUUGAACUACGUCGAAUGGAUUUAGUUCGCUCACCUUCACGUACACAACUCGAUACACAUCCACCACUACCACCACCAGAAUAUUAUCAUUAUUCACGAUCGACAUUACCAUCGGGUGGUUUACGUGUACGUGGACACGAUUAUUCUGGUUAUGAGACAGAUACAGGUGUAGUUACAUCUCGUGGCUAUGGGCCGCGAUACUAUGGAGGUGCAUCAUCAACACUAUCGAUGCAUGAACCACCACCACCACCAGUAGGACCAAUGCAUUAUCCGUAUUAUCCUCCACAACAACAUCCUCAACAACCGAUGCAUUUUGUACGUGAACGUCAUCAUGACAGCUACGCGGGUGGCACUAGUGGGGGUACUCAUCGCACAAUGUUACGACCAGAUGGUUAUGAUACUGAUACAGGUUUAAUUAGUAGUGGCAGAUUACGUAUGACACGUACAUUACCACCGCGCAUGGCAGCAAUCCCAGAAACUCUAGUGGUAAAUAAUCGAAUGGUUUCGUCAUCAAAUUUAAAUACGGUACCGACGAAUUUACGCGGCAGUGCAUUUCUCAAUGAAUCCAACGGGCAUACUCUACGUAGCCGAAAUGAGUAUAUGGGUGGUUAUGAAACGGAUUCAGGCAUGAAUAUUCGUCAGCAGAGUUACAAUCGUCGACCAGUGCCAAUAGAUAUUCAAUAUGGUGAUAGCGGAUGGGUCGGCAAGCAAUCAGCUACUAUGACAAGACCCGUAUCACAGCAGCAACAACAACGGUUUGUUGACAAUAGUAGUCAACGUUACCGUUCGCAAGAUCAAUUACGUUCAACAUCGAUACCUGUUUUCAGUCAAGAAGCAUCGGCAACAAUAUCACGUUUACCCGAGCAACAUAUAUCAGUUGCGAGUAAAACACAACAACAACAACAGCAGCAGCAGAAGAGGACAAUAAAUCCAAUACCAUCGUCUACACACGAAGCUAGACAGCAAAUGGAAACAAUGAGAAAAGAUCUCACAGUAUUACCAAAUCUUUUUCCUGGUCAAGUGGGUUUAUCUAAUCCGCCAAGUAAUAGCAGGUCGCAAGUGCCUGCGUCGCCCGAAUUGAAAAGAAAGUUUUCUUCGGGUGAAAACACUUUGCAAAAAACUACUCGCGUUCAACAAAUCAUGAACGAAAGUAUGAUACCGAUUGUAUCAAAUUCAAGCAAGCCACAAGUGUUUUCAUCGACAGCACAUAUUAUACCAACUGCACUCCACGAACGACUAGAUAAUCAAACAAAUAUGAAACCGCCCGCAACACCUACGUUCCCCGUAACCAAUCAAUCAUAUAAUCAAACACGAUUGGGCAAUGGAUUCUCUCGAAAUCAGGAAGAAACUUCUCGUCGAUCAAGUGCUUCUUCCGCAACAGAAACUGAUGUACAUCGUAAUGGUGCUUAUCAAGCACAUAAUGUCAGUCAAUUUUGGUAUAAAGAGAAAAUGUCACGUGAAGAUGCUAUCAAUUUAUUGAAAUCGAAACCAGCGGGAACAUUUCUUAUUCGAGAUAGUCAAGGUUUUCCAGGUUCAUAUGGCUUAGCAGUUAAAGUCGAGACAUUACCAGUUGGCAUUCAAGCAAAAAAUGGCGCCGAUCCCAAUGCUGAGUUAGUUCGACAUUAUCUCAUCGAACGAACACCAACUGGACACGUCAGAUUGAAAGGCUGUCAAAACGAGCCAGAUUUUGUCAAUCUCUCAGCUUUAGUCUAUCAACAUUCAAUUACACCUCUUGCCUUACCAAUCAAAUUACUCGUACCAGUUGCCGAUAUCACGGAAGAUUAUCGUGUAGCAUCGAAUCAACAGCAUGAUACGAGCAAGAAACUCUCGGUUAAAGAUUUGUUAGAAAAAGGAGCUGCUUGUAAUGUUCUCUACUUGAAUAAUGUCGAUGUCGAAUCAUUAUCUGGUCAAAUGGCUUUAAAUAAAGCAUUACGUGCAACAUUUGAUAAUGCGGACCGUCUGCAGGCGACGAUAGUUCAUUUCAAAGUAUCAAGCACCGGCAUAACAUUAACCGAUACAAAGAAAAAAUUAUUUUCUCGACGACAUUUUCCAAAGGAAUAUGUCACUUAUUGUGGUGUGGAUUAUGAAACCGAUCGUUAUUGGACACAUCAAAUGUCGGAUUUAGAAAUGUUACCACGAGCAAAAUGCUUUGGUUUUGUUUCAAAGAAAAUUAAUGGUAAUAAUCGCUCAAAUCAACCCGAAAAUGAAUGUCACAUCUUUGCUGAAAUUGAUCGGACCCAACCAUCAACAGCCAUUGUUAAUUUUGUAUCGAAAGUGAUGAUCGGAAGUGUACCUGUUUAG